AUGUGGAUGGGGAUCGUUGUAGCGAAGAUAUACGUCUGUGCGCGCGAUACUUGGUGGCACAACGACAUUAUCAUACAGUGUCCGCUCCCUAUUCCUGUGGCAAUCGCAGAACUAUGUACGGAUAUGACGGCCGACGCAAUUCUCGUGGCCCUACCUCUCCGACUAUUGUGGCGUGUCAAGUUACCGCAAAAUCAGCGAAUAAUGAUUCUGUCUAUCUUUUCGUCGAGUAUUCUCACCAGCGUUGUUAGUGUGGUUCAUACCGCAUUUCUCAUCCCAACGUCGUCCUUCAUUGGGGGCAUAACUGCAGAUGUAGAGGGAGCCGUCUCCCUUAUCGUUUGCAAUUUACUCGUCAUCGUCACAUACCUAUAUCGUCUUUUCCGAGGUGGCAGUGACAUCGACAGUGGGUACAUUCAUGGGACGAAUAAGGACUCAAACUCAAUGUCCCUGGAAACUACUACCGACCGUCUGACAACCAUAGAUCUUGAACGGUUGACAGCACAUUCUAGUCAGGAAAUGACAGCUUCAAACUUCUCAUCACCUCCAGUGACCAGUGGUCUCCAUGUCCGUUUUGAAUAA